AUGACCUUUGGAGAGUCAGAGCCUAUCGCCCGGGACCAUAAAAUGGGCAAUCGAUACAUAUCCUUCCCACUAACACUCGCAAUGAAUACUCGGAGCUUCGCCAAGGAAAUUCUCCCCUGGGAUACCAGGCAGCCCCUCAGAUGCCGUGUCAAAGUCAAGUGGAGUAUGAAGGUCUCUUUUUCGACGACUCGGGACAACUCCGGUGCGAAGUUCGACACAGAUCGAGUUAUCCUCAAAUAG